AUGAAUAGUGUUCAACCAAGAUUUGACCCUGCAGUACUAGAUAAAUAUAGACCAAAGAUUAUUGUCGAUGAACGUUACAAGGCACCUGAAAAAUUAUUAAAUAAGAAAACUGUAAAAUACUCUUUGGACGAAGAUGACGAUGAGAAGAAACCACCAAAGAAAUCAACACCUAAAAGAGAAAGAGAUAGAGAUGGCAGUAGAGACGACGAUAAUGACAGAGAGAUAAAAGAGAGAAAAUCGAAAAAGACAACAUCCACCUCAUCACCUUCUUCAUCUUCAUCAAAGAAGAAAUCGCCGGCGAAACAAGAGGAACCACCAAAGAAACAAGCACCUACCAUUGCAACGAAACUACUGAACGAUGCUCAAAAUGACUUCUUAUGGGGUGUAUCAAUUAAGAAAUCGAAUGCAGGUGAACCAAUACCAAAUAAUAUAAAUAAUAAUAAUAAUAAUAAUAGAUCUUCAACAGCAUCAUCUCAUUCAAAUGGUUCAACAAAAUCAUCUUCAUCUUCAUCACCUUAUUCAAAUGGAUCAAAAUCAUCAUCAUCAUCUUCUUCUUCUUAUUACUCAUCAUCAAAACAAUCAUCAUCUUCUUCAACAUCAUCAACAUCAAAUAAUAGUAGUAAUUCACAUGUAGUAAAGAAACCAAAUAUUUCUACAACAACUUCAACAACAUCAACAUCAAAAUCAUCACCAUCAUUAAAUUCAACAAGUAAUACUAAUAGUAAUAGUAAAUCAUCAAAUUCUGUUAAUAAUAAAUCAUCAUCAUCAUCAACUUCUACAUCAUCUUCAUCGACACCAUCUAAACAACUAGUAAAUAGUAGUAAAAUAUCUACAAACUCAUCACCAAUCAUUAGAUCACAACCAACAAUCGUUAAGAUGACACCUACAAAUUCGCCAUAUACCAACACUCCUUUACAUAGUACAUCAGUUGGCAACAGGAGACAACCAGUAGUCAUGGUAUCGUCAUCCCUAGCAAAACAUAACAUUAACUUACCCAAUUCAUCACCGUCCACCUCAUCCAAUAACAAACAAGAUAGUCGCGAUAACAGUAAGGAUAAAAACAGCCGAGAUGGUAAAGAUAGCAGAGAAAGAAGAGACAGCAGAGACAACAGAGAUAGUAGAACAAAGACUAGCAAAGAUAGUAGAGAUAGUAGCAGAGAUAACGGUAGAAAUGGAAAUGGUAAUGGAAACGGCAGUAGCAGACCGAGAACUAGUGGCAGUGGAGGUGGAAGAGAUAAAUCACCUCCAAGAAGACAACAGCAGCAACAGCCACAGAAACAACCUCAGAGAAGAUACAACGACGACUAUGACGACUCUGAGGAUGACUACGAUGAUGAAUACGAUGAAUACGAGUCAGACGAUGAUUUUAUUGAUGAUGGCGAGACAGACGAGGCAAGAACAGAGCUAAAUAAGAUAUUUUCGAAAAUGAGAGGUUUUAAAUCACAUAGAAACAGUCGAUACGAUGAUGAUGAUUUUGACGAUCGCUCUAUGGACGCUGGUUUCCAUGAGAUCCAAGAAGAAGAGAGAAGAUCUUCAUAUUUCGCACAAAAGGAAGAUAGACUUGCCUUGGAGGAUGAAGAGAGACACCGAAAAGAGAAAGAAGCGAAAAAGAAGAGACUAAAUUCUUCAAAGUACUGA